AUGUCCUACUACCCUCCUCAGUAUGGUACCAUUCAGCCGCAAUAUCCUACCUACCCAAACCAAACCUACUAUCCGUCACACUCACACUACACUUCACAGGGAGGGCACAAUGUCUAUCCCGCGCAACAGGCCGUCAACCAUCUACCACUUCCUGAACCUCAUACCGCUCCCGAGCUGUCUGCUGUGACCGACGAUGUUGCCUCCCGUGCAAUGCAGCGCUUUAUGUCUGGCGAGCUCAGGUCUGCCGGGUUCGACUCGGUAGAACCUUCAGCACUGCGUAGGCUUGAGCACGAAGUUGUCACUUUUGUAGAGCAAUUAUACGAACGGGCACAUGAGUAUGCCAACCUCGCAAACAGGGCGGGCCCAAUUACCCAAGAUCUUCUGUUAGCGUCGGCAGAUAGUGGACUUCAGACCAAAGAGCUACGGCAAUUAGCACGGAAGGCGGGAGCGAAGCACCAAGAAGCAGCAGAUUUUGUCUUGCUUCCUCCACCAUCACGCUCCCCUUCACCAGAGAUGCUACCCUCCGACGACGAGGAUGCGCCACCCGUUAUACCAAACACACUCAGAUCUUUAUCCUGGUCGGAACGUAAUCUCCCUGCAUUGCCACCAAAACAUACGUAUCUCAGGACACCGGUUUCGCCACCGAAGAAGGCAGCUCUGCCAUCAUUGGAGAAGAAACUGAAGAACGCCGGGCUUGUGCAAGAAUCUCUCAAGAAUCUUCUCUUGGCGACGGAAGAUAGUGCAGGUCAAGAAGACGGAGAGCUGUUGGGGGCCAUUGUUAACUGGGAAGCUACCACUCACCCUCGAAAGCGGUGGAGAGUCGAUGCAUGA